GCUGCAUGUUUUAUGACCUAUUCGUGCAGUGAAGAUGUGGCAGCGUCUUGUCAACGUCAUAUCCAUUGAUAUAGCUUUUAGCUUGUACUUCUAAUAGCGAGCACAUAUAGUAUUGCUAUGCAUUUUCGCUAAUCUGCAUGCGCUCUGUUGGCUCUGCAUAUACACAGGUUUUCCACACAAAACAAGCAGAUUGAAUACUGUCUCUUCUUCUGUGAUUACCUGCUCAAGCUGAAAGGCGGAAUAGGAAGGCUGUGGUGUUGACUGUAGGGAGAUGAGAAGUUAUCUGCGGGGAAAGUAGUGUAUGCCAUAACGCCGCGAAAGAGAGCAGUAAGAAUGCCGCCAAAGUUUAGAAGGUAUCUUUCUGAGGAAGAUGUCACAGAGGCUGCUGAACCUGAAAAGGAAAAGCUUUUGCAAGAUGAAGAUGAAGAUUUUUUCCUUAAGGGACCAACGUCAAGUGGGAAGACUCUCACCAUCCAGGAUAAAAAACUACGAAGGGUGCAAUUUCAAGUAGAUGAAGUCUCAAGCAUCAUGAAGGACAAUAUUGAAAAAAUUAUGGAACGAGGGGAAAGGUUGGAAGACCUUGAAGAGAAAUCGGAUUCUCUUGCCACAAAUGCUGAUCAGUUUUGGUCUACGGCAAAGAAGAUGCAGAGUCGUAUGUGGUGGCGCAACAUGAGGGUGAAGGUACUACUGGUUCUAGUCAUCCUGGCAAUUUUACUAAUCAUAUUUGUGCCGAUAAUAGUGCGGAACUCUUGAAGGUGUUUGUGCACACCACGGUUGAACAUUUUCACUAUAAUCAAUGUUGUAAAUUUGUUGCUUGAAUUCAUAACCUGUAUGUACCAAGGUGACUUUGUACUUCUACAUGUAUUACUUUAUUUUUUUACUUGUAGAGCUUUGUAAAUGUUGGCUUUCUAUGACAUACCACAAGUAUAUUUCUGGCAACUAAAUUUCGGCAUCUAUUUGUUGAUGUAUUUUGCAGCAUUGCUGUUCAUUGAAGUAUGCAGCAAGCCAUCUAGUCGUGUCUUAGCAUUUAAACUUUGAAAUUUCAAAAUUGCUUUUGUGCACAAGUGUGUGUGCUGAAUGUUUAUCAAUUACUUCACCGUAUGUCAAAUGGCAAACAUUGGCCAGCAAAGCAUUACUGUACUCAUUUAUUGCUUCCAGUGCACAUUUUCUGCUUUCUUAGAAUUUUUAUUGAAAUAUUUGCUUGUUAAAUGAGUUCCGUUCAAAGUGUUGAAUUCAAAUGUAACAAACUGUUCUUCAUAUAAUGCAGCCAGAUAUUCUUCAGGAGAUGCAAGAAAGCUUUGUGGCCUGUUUAUAAGGGAUACUAGCUAAAAAGAUGUCUAGCAUUGUGAUUCUAGUACCGCAGCAAUGUGGGUUUCAUGAGGAGUAGCUUGCAAUGCAAGUACAGAAUCCUGAAGCUUCAUUGGAAGGGCUGCCUGCUUCACUAUAGCCUAUACUGUUAUAACCUCUAGGUUAAUGUGCAUGAACCAAAUAUUACCAUACGUCAAACAUUUAUUCAUGACUCAAAACUUCCAUACGAAACAUGUGAAAGCUGAAAGCAUAACUAAUAAGAAUAUCAGUGUUUAUGAUAUUUCUAGCUCAAGGUUGUCUCAAGACAUUUACUGCGACGUGGGUCACUAGUGGGUCAUGAUGAAAUAUGCUGUGUAAAGGGCUGUGCUCGAAAUCAUAGGAGGGGAAAAUUCUUGUUGCUUCCGAUGUAAUGCAUCAUGGCACCAUCUCUUUGGGGCUUCAGGAAGUUUCAAAAAAGCAUAACCCCCGGCGACUCGCUGGUGGGUCACAACGCACCAGAGGAGUAUGACGAGUGAGCCACUGGUGGCUCAUCAUGCACAGAAAUCGGGACCUCAAAAAAGUGCUGCCACAGUGAACAUGCUAAAUGAUAUGCAAGUUGUCUUUUCUGAUCUGCGCACUCGUCCUUGUUUUUUCUCGGCUUGUCUUCGUGUCUCCGCACAAACGUUUUCAGUUGAAUUUUAGCACAUUGGCUAUUGAAUACGAUGAAGUUGUGGGCCUGAUCCACUUAUAGUGGCAGUUGGAAUAUUCUGGGGCAUCUGGAGUAGUACCAGGUGAAGCAGUUGUGUGUAAUGAUGAUGCUGUCCAUAUAAUGCGAGCACUUUUGUCAGGAUAUUUUUGCAGAUGCCAUUGUAAGAAACAGUCUGUUUUAAAGUGAACUAGGAAACCUGCACAAUCUGUUUUGGCAUUUUCACUAAAACAAGAAGAAACAAGGCAAUGAUUGCAUUGUCUUCCGUAUUGUACCACAUGUUCCAUGCUGUCGUUCUAAAAUGCUGCUGGGAAUGAACAGCGCUAGCUUGCUUGAAGUGUGCAGUCUUAUUAGUAAUCCUGAGAUUAUCACACGUGAGAGCUGAUGAAUUGCUGGAAAGAGAAACAGAAGAGUUACGACUGGUUUACUUGCUGUAAAAUUGUUGAUAAAGAUGUAGCUUGCAUGUCUUACGAAAUCUUUGGUGAGCUAUAAUCUGACUUAUGUAUAUGAACCCAAAGGUAAUUGUCUUAUAAAUAAACUUCCAGCUUGACUGAUCAGUUAUUCUUUAUAGUUUUGAGAUAGGGGGGUUUGACUGUAUGAGACAGAGCAGGUGCAUCUGCCUAUAAAGGAAAUGGACUCCAAUAAAUUGGAGGGUAAAUCAUAAUACUUCAGCAAAUCAAUGGCACGAAAUAUACGCGGAAGAAAAACACAUAGGACAGGAUGGGCACCAACUUCCAUAUGAAUUUAUUUCGAGCAAGAAUUCACUUAUAUGCACAUGCAAGUCACGUAAUAUAAUGAACAUGCUACAAAAACAACACAAAGCGAAUGCGAAGUUAUCAACUGCACAUGCUAAUCAAAAAGCACAUGCAGAUAGUUGCCCAGGAAAAGCAGUUCCUCAUCGAGAAGGCAUAAAAACUUCAUACUGACACAAGCGUCACCACAUUGCUUGAUGUAACAGGCCUUUAUUUUACCCCCCUCUCAGUCUACCUUUACCUAUGCUAAUAAACUUGGUUUGAGUAAAAUUCACACCCACAUUCCUUGCAAUGCACGGCCAUUAGGCUGCCAAAACCAUUCUUGACAUAGCCUGUGCUGCCGCACACGAUUAUGCGAUCAUUAAAUGACCAGUUUGCCUGAUGUACUCUUUCCCAUAACUAAGGAGGAUGCUCCUGAUGCAGACUCCGUAAAGUGAUUAGCAUGUGCGAUUGAUCACUUAGCAUUUGCACUUUGUUAUUGCUUUUGUAACAUGCUCACCAUGAUCACAUAGCUUGGCUGUGCAUAAAAGCAAAUUGUUCAGAAUAAAUGCAGUUGGAAGUUGGCACCUGUGUUAUCAUAUGUGUUCUUUGUGUCUAUAGUAUUGCACCAAUGAUUUCCUGAAGUAUGACACACCAACUAACAAACUAAGAUUUUGCUAAAGCAUCAUACUUUCAUCCUGAUGUUCAGUGCACAGUAUUGUUGACCGAAUUAUUUAAAAGUAAGCCUCUGAUCACCUCAACGCCUCUACUACACUGGACUUUCUAAAUAUCACGGCUGUAAUGCAAACAAAGAAGCAUUUAUCAUUGCUGUUCUUUACAAAAAAGGUUUCUGUUUGCCUGUGGCCCAUGUUGUGUCUUUCAAUCUUGAUGUUAGUAGUGAACAAGCUUAGCUGCUGGCAACACCAUCAAAGUAACGUGCAAAUUAUUGUUUGUGACUAGUGCAUUCAUGGCAGCCAAAGUUAUUGUGUGAUGCUCGUAGUUAAAGCCACAAGCUUGUAAAAACUACUAACUUCUGAACUAUGUAAGCAGCCAGCAAAUGCCAUGUCAUCACAUACCACUGCACAUUAUUUUUACUCGCAUAAUGAAGUGGAAAGAAUUGCUGGCAUGAGUGUAACGGCCACAAGAAUAAUGCAGUUUGCAUGGUCCAUGUAUGCUGAUGGUCUUAAAGUGCACAGCAGUCUAUACAUAGCAUAAAUGUGCAGUAUACACUAUAUUGCAACGCUUGGGAAUGAACGGAAACAAAAAGCAGUAGACAGGGCCAUUAGCAUGUAGCAUCUGAUGCAGAGCACUUUGCCCAAGAUUAGUCAUGUGCUUGUAGUUGCAAACGUCUCAAAGCAAGCAGUUUGAUAAAGAAGCAGGCAAGAGGUAGGAUAUGACAUACGAAGUGUGUUCAUCUAGUGUGUGUGUAUUCUGUUUCGACAGCUAGCCCACCAGCACGUUGGGAUUCCAUGAAUGUGAAGAAUGGUAAUGUGCUUGUCUAAUGUUGAAAAUGCUGCCUUUAAAGCACACAAGACUGCAUAGUAUAAUUUUGUGUGUGAGAGGCAGUCUACAAAAAACACUAUGUACAUGCUUUUUGGAUGUGGAGAGAGACUUACAGUUGCUCCCAUGUAUGCUUUUAUCUUCCCGUGCUAAUCUCCUGGCAUCCUUGCCCCUUGAUGUGUGCCACUAAGCAGUGUCCAUUGGUUUCGACUGCAUGAGACAUUGCACGGAGAAUAAGUCGCUUGAAGGAAGGAUGCCACCAGACAGCUGCAUUGAUGUAAGAAUGGCACACAGAGGCAGUAAGUUCUUUGAGCCCUGGCUGGUUGGAGGUGGUUGGGGGUGAGUUGCGACUGUUUAGCAGGGACUUCUGCAUGUGUUCCUGUAUAGUGGGUGUUUCAGCGAGCACUUUCAAACAAUUUUUUUAAUUGCCUGAGGCAGAUAGUACAAUUCUGGUCCAUCAGCUGGUCUACUCAAAGAGGUGGACUUGCACAGAAAAUUGAAAUGCAUAAUCAACUCAUUAACAAAAAUCAAAGUCUUUAUCUAAUUACUUUAUGGCACAUAUUGCAAUUUACAAAUUCUAGCCGGGAAGUUUGCAAGGCAGAUCCACUUGGAACGAAUUCUCAUGACACCAGUUUCAAAAUCUUAAUUCCCUUAUGUUGCGGGAAAAUGCAUUGGCAUUUCAGUUACUUUUGUCCUUCAGUGCAGAAAAUCGGAACGCUAGUGCAUUUUUACUGCAAGUUUGACAGCACAUUUCUCAUAAAUGGUGUCAUCCACACAAUUUUUUUCAAGUGGAUAUGCCUUGCAGUCUACCCGCUAGAACUUGUAGCGAGAGAAAAGGGAAAGGCUGGGAAGUUAACCAGAGAGAAAGAUCCGGUUCGCUACCCUAUGCUGGGGAGUGAGGGCGGGGAAAAUAAAUUGACAGGAAAGUAGAAAGAGGAAUAAAGGGAGCACAGUUACACAAUCGCAGUCAUUGUCACUUCAUACUAUUGCCGCACAGCACAGUAGCACUUAUGGCACUAUAAAACAGGCUUCAGCAGCUUGUCCAGACCUGUUGUUCUUAAAAACUGCAACAGUAUCCUCAUUGCCCUUUGCUCUGAUGGCUUGUGGUGUUGGCAUUCUAAAAUGAUUUCCUCUAUGACUGCAAUAUAUGUCAUAAUUAUUUAAAGUUAAUUUGCGAAUUUUUUUUUUAAUUAGACAAUUUUGUAUUUCAAAUUUUUGUGCAAGUAAUGUCCACCUCUUUGAAUACGCCAGCUCAUGGUCUAGAAUUGUGCUAUCUGCCACAGGCAAUUUUAAAAAAGUUUGGGAGUAUUUGCUGGAACAUUCUGUAUAUGCUGUGACAGGGACACUAACCUCUGCUUCAGAAGACUGCCUUCUAGAGACCUACAUUCUGCCAAUGUGUUCCAUCUGGCUAAGCAAUGUCUAUUUAUAGUAUGCCUUAUUGUGCAUGUGGGUUUGUGUUACGUGUGCAAAAAUGUUGGAGAUGUUAUCAGCGGGUAACUACUGUACCCAUAGGCUACUGUAAAAUAAGGUGAAAUUGGAAGAGGUUGAGAUUGACAGCAAGUAUGCACAGCUAGUUAUGCCAACAAAACUACACCCUUUAAAAUCUGUUUUCAAUAGUCCUUGACGUAAUGGAAAAAGUCUGAUGAAUAUCUGUAGUGCACUGCUCCUAGUGGCACUGCUGUGGUGUUGCUGUGGUUUGGUUGCCAAGCUGUCUGUGGUGAGGUUGCGUCACCGGCUGACGAAUGUGGGCUAGUGGUCUGUGGUAGUUUGGUAUGCAGUCUUGACUUUUGUGUGAUGUAGAAAGGACAGUGCAUUAGCUCAAACUUGUUUUUUGCACACGUUAUUGUAUACGGUGGUGAAAAUUACGUUGGCUUUUAAUUGUUGGAUGACAAUUGUGUGUGACGUUAAUGGCUUCCUGUGUAGAGUGCCCUGUGGUUUCUGAAGUGGCCACCACGUUACCAGUAGCGCUUAUGAUGCCGACUGAACAUUUAUGUACUGUUAUGAGCUUUAAAAACAUUAAAAAUAACUUUCUGCAAUCAA